GUAACAAAAGAUCUAAGGAAUCUACAUCGUAUUAGAGUUGCCUAUAGAAAUAAAGUCGAACACACGAAAGUAAAGCGCGUAUUAGAGUCAAGUCUAGCUAAAGGUACGCGAAUAAUGCGAGACGACCUCUACCUUAUUAAGGUAGAUAGCGUUAACUAUAUAGUAGUGUUAGACAAGGUAAGAAAUGUUUGA